CUUCCGUUUUUUCUUUUUACUCCCGCUCUUCUCUCACUCUCAUCUCUUUUCCGCCCAAUCCACCUACUCGCUUUACGCUCAGCAACGCACCUUGACACCCUUAUAAUAUCGACGACAAUACAUGGACCACGCAGCAUUUUCGCCAAAAGGGUUUGGCCACUAUGUGUCCUACCUCAUCGGAUGGGCCUACUUCAUCGCCUGGUCUGCCAGUUUCUAUCCCCAGGCAAUUCUGAACUGGCGCCGGAAAUCUGUCCAGGGGCUGUCCAUGGACUUUAUCCACCUGAACGUCCUCGGCUUUCUGUGUUACUCGAUUUUCAACCUGGCAUUUUUCUUUAGCUCGGAGGUGCAAGAGGAAUACAAGCGACGAAACGACGGUCAGGAGAACUUAGUGCGCGCCAAUGACGUCUUUUUCGCCCUGCAUGCGCUCAUCCUCUCGACCUUUACCCUGGCUCAAACAUGGAUAUACAAGCGCGAUCCCAAUCAAAAGCCAUCCUGGCCCGCACGAAUUUUCAUCGCCUCUGCAAUUCUUAUCAGUCUCUAUCUCGUUACCCAGGCAACCUGGGGCAAGGGCGGGAAGGAAUGGAUCGACAUUCUUUAUUUCCUGAGCUCCAUUAAAUUGAUCAUCAGCUUUGUCAAGUACUGCCCUCAGGUCUACAUCAACUGGGCCGCGAAAUCGACUGCCGGGUGGAGUAUCUACAAUAUCUUGCUUGAUUUCACAGGAGGAGCCCUCAGUAUCGCGCAGCUGGUUCUAGAUGCCUACAUCUCCGGAGAUUGGUCUGGUAUCUCGGGCGAUCCUGUCAAGUUCGGACUGGGCUUUUUGAGCAUUGCGUUCGAUCUGAUCUUUAUGACGCAGCACUACGUCCUCUACAGGGACAGGACAGACCAUUAUGUGACAGGGAGCAGGAAGCAGGAUGAAUCGAACGAGAGGCAGGGAUUGCUCGCGCAGAGCAACAGGCAAUACAGCAAUGUUCAGCAACGGAACGACCUCGAGAGAGGAGCUGGAACUGAAACUACGCGUGCAUGAGAGUAUCCUAUUCACAGUGUAUCAUAGCUUGGCGAACUGCAACAAUUUGCAAUAAAACAUUUGGCAUUGAAUCCAGCGUAGUGUGCUCUACAGCGUGCAUUGAAAUCGCGUCCAUCCUACAAUAAUAUAUACGUGUUUUGCAGACGCGUUUUUCUUUCUAUGUGCUAUCAAAACAGUCUACAUGUCAGUAAGCCACUCCAAAGUCCACGUUCAGGUCAGGGACCCCCAGGCAAAGCGGCAAAGCAAA